GUAUCUAUAUGAUUCUUAUCAGUUUUUUAUGUAGUUUCAUUUUGAAUAAUUCAAAAAAUUUAUUCGUACUUUUAAAUAUGGGUAAUAUAAAAUAUAUCUUAAUUGGGUGAAAUGCUUAAAAUUAGACAAAAACCAACGAAAUGUAUUUAUAAAAAUUGAUAACAUUCAAAGUUUUCGCGUGCAUAUAUAAAAAUAUGAUGUAUAUAUGUUUGUGUAUAUAAAUUUUAUUAAUGUAUGUUAUAUGCAGUGGAAUUGUCAACUUGUACCAUCAUGUAUAGACCAAUUUUAUUGCUUGAAAAUGCUGUUCUUCAAAAUAAGCAAAAUUUUAACAAACAAUAUAUAGGAAGAAUAUAUAUGAUUGCGAGAACAAAAGAAUAUGAAGGUCGUAAAUUAGUAGGGUUCUCAAUGGAACAAAUAUACGAUGUCGUAGCUGAUGUGCAAAAUUAUAAACAUUUUGUACCAUUUUGUAAAAAGUCCGACGUUAUAUUAAAAAAUGAUGAUAUGCUCAAAGCGAACUUAGUAAUAGGAUUUCCACCUAUAAAUGAAAGUUAUACAUCAAAAGUAACGACAAUGCGGCCGCGUUUCGUAAAAGCUGAAUGCUCAGAUGGUAGAUUAUUUAAUCAUUUAAAUACGUUAUGGCUUUUCAGUCCAGGAUUAAAAAAUAAUGCACAAACUUGUGUCAUUGAUUUUUCUUUGUCAUUUGAAUUUAAAUCACUAAUUCAUUCGCAUUUGUCAAAUCUAUUUUUUAACGAAAUCGUGAGACAAAUGGAAAAUGCCUUCCUUGAUGAAGCUAAACGUAGAUAUGGAAAGCCAUGUAUUAAAACAGUACGAUUAGAAAGAUGAUGUAGAAUAAUAUUAAAUUAAUAAAUAAUUAAUGACAAUAUUGUAUAAUUUAUAAAUAAAAGCGCUUCUUAAACGU